AUGAAUUACGAAAUGUUCGUUUCCGGGUAUAAAAUGCAACGAUCACGCUUAUUGAAAAGAAAACAAAUGGCGAAUCGCCGCAUUGCUACCACUAUCAAAACAAUUAAGGAUUGAAAUCGAUUAUAUACCACGUGUUAUGAAUUUUGUGCGUAUAUUUGAAUUAAAUUCUAGAUUUUUUUGUGAUCAUUUGUCAACGAUAAAUAAUAUUUAUAUUUAAUCUCUCAAAUACAUGCCAACAACUUUAUAUAUACGAGUAAGUAAUAAAUAUAUAUUUUAGCGUUCGAUUUAAAAACAUUACGCGGGAAGUGUAAUCCAUUCCGAUUAUUUUUUGUUUUAAUUUCUGAACGAUUAAUAACUGUUCGAUUUUGUUGGUUAGGAUCGAGGAACCGUUUCUUUUUUUUUUUUCUUCGUUUGUACUUGUCACAUUUCUUGGAUUUGCACGAAAGAAGAAACAAGUGGAACGAAAUAAGGUUAUAUAGUUUUAUGUUUGGCGGCAUAUCGAACAAAUUAAAUUUUUCUAGAUAUAGUAUUAUUAUUUUUAUAUCGUUUUAUCUAAAAGUAUGUUUCAUAUAUACAUAUAUGAGAUAUAAUAGUGAUGUGCGAUAAAUAUAAUAUUGAGAACGUGGAAAAAGAGAACUUGAUAAUUUAGGAUUUGAAACAACAACAUUUCCAAAAUGAUUAUUAAAUUUGAAAAAAUAAUAAAUUGUUCCUCGGAACAUCCAUCUUAUCCUGCUAGUAAUCUGUUGGAUCAUCGUAAAAAUAUCUCAUGGAGAUGCGCUAAACCUGGAGAAAUGCUAGCAAGUAUUAUCUUUCAAUUGACUGAAUCUUCUAUAAUAACAGGUAUUGAUAUCGGUAAUUAUCGUUCUUGCGUUGUUAUUGUUACUGCAUCAACGUUAUUGGAACCCGAUACCUGGCUACCUAUCGUACAACACCAAUUUAUGACAAACGACGAAGCUGCUAAUGGUAAAUUUAAAGAUCAAGUACAAUUAUUCACAAAAAGAGAUCUAAAUCCUGAUAUAUCGAAAACAAAAUUUGAUCGGAUUAAAGUUACUUGUAUGCAGUCUGCGAACUUAAGGGAAUUGUUCGGUCUAAUGUUCUUCAUAGCAAAGACAGAAGUUAUUAUAGACUUAGGGAUUGAUGUUUUUGGUCGCUUUAAAUUAAAACAGAAAGAUGAAAAUAAUGAGAAGCCAGAUAUAGACAAAUUUAAAGAGAAAUGUCUCAAGAUGAUAAAUAAUAAAACAAAACCAGAUCCUAUGGGUGAUUUACUUAAGAAGGUAAAAGAAAGUGGUAUGUCAGCUUUCUCGAAACGCCAAGAAGAGGAGAGAGAGCCUAUGAAAAGACCUUUGUUAGAAAAAUUAGAAGCUGGAAAAGCUGAUGAAGUAUUUGGAAAGCAAAACAAAGUUUCUAAUAAUACUAUAAAUAAAAAUACAUUGACUACGGAUGUAGCAAUAGCUAAUGCUACAGGAAUAAAGGAUAAACAAAAUGAAAAUGUUAAGCGUACUCCAUUUGGAGAUAUUGUGCCAUCUCCGACUCAAAAAAAAGAUAAAACCGAUUUUAAAAAUGGUAAUGGUAAAGUCGAGUCAAAAAAACGUUCUUUGAUUUUGGAGGAAAAAGAUGAAAAUAAAAAAAUUAAAAUAGAAUGUCCAAAAUGUUCUAACAAAUCAGAUGAUAAAUCAUGUUCCAUAUGUGGACGUUUGCCGCAACCCAAACCACUUCCUUCUACCACUAAAGUCAAAAAAAAUAAACGAAAGAAAUUAUUUAAAGAACUCCUUCAAGGUAUCAGCUUUUCUCUUAGCGGAUAUGUUAAUCCACAAAGAGAUGAAAUUAGAAAGAAAGCACUUUCAAUGGGGGCCAGAUAUAUUGGUAUUCCAAACGAGUCGAAUGCAUGUAGUCAUUUGAUUUGCGCCUUUAGGAAUACACCGAAAUAUUUACAAUUAAGGAAUUACUCUAAAAUUGUAUCGCAUAUGUUCAUUGAAGACUGCUAUAAUAAGAGAAAAAGAUUCCCAUGGAGAAGAUAUGCUUUGGAUAACAAAGAAAAAAAGAAACCUGAAAGUGAAGAUGAAAUCGAGGCUUAUGCAUCAAACGAAGGAACGUCUAAUCCAUUCGAAGAAGAUACAGAUUCUGAGACGUAUUAUUAACAAAACAAACGAUCUCUUUUGAUAAGAAAAUAUUAAAAAUAACAAUCCUUUUAUUUUUUAUUUUAUCGUUAUAUACAUAAAAAAAAAUUUAGUCCUUUUUUAUUUUGACAAAGAAAAUAAUUCUUAUUUUAUUUAGUAUUUUAUAAAGUUAUUUGUCCUUUAUUGAAGUAAUAAAAGUUCUUAUUCUAUGUGCAUUUGAAA